AUGUUGUUAAAAGAAAUUGAAGAAAUAACAAGAGCAAGAGAUUUAUAUAAAUAGUAAUCAGAAAGAAAAUCGCUUGAACUUACACAAAAAAAUGUAGAAUUAAUUUAAAAAAUAGAAUAGUUAGAUAAUUUAAAUAUUGUCUAUUAAGAGUCACUAAAUAAUAUUCAUAUUCUUGAAGCUGCUCUUCUCGAAAGAUUAUAAAAUGAAGAGAUUUUAAUAUAAUGA